AUGGGCUUGCCACAUGUUCUUGCCAUGCCUUUCCCUGCUCAAGGCCAUGUCAUUUCCCUCAUGGAGCUCUGCCACUGCUUGGUGGAUCAUGGCUUCAAGGUCACCUUCGUCAACACUGAAUUCAACCACAAGUGCAUCAUUGUCGCGUUGUCAGCAGAGAGAACCGUGCCUCAGCUCGCUCUAGUCUCGGUUCCUGAUGGAUUAGGGGAGGGGGAUGAUCGGAACGAUCUGGUGAGGCAAACGGAAGCACUCCAAAACACCAUGCCUCGGCGCUUUGAGGAACUAAUCGAGAAGAGCAACGAGACGAGGGAGCCGAUGACUUGCAUGUUGGUGGAUGAGGGCAUGGGAUGGGCUCUCGAGGUUGGCCGGAAGAAGGGUCUCAGAUCUGCCGCAUUCUGGCUAGCGGCUGCCCUGAUGCUGGCCGCGAUCAUGAGCAUAACAGAGUUGAUUUCUAGAGGCGUCCUUGAUGAACAUGCAAUCUUCACAGGUGCGCCCAUCCCAGAACAUGAGACGUUCCAGCUCGGUCCCGGAAUGCCAUUCAUCGACGCUGCCCACUUGAUGUGGAACAUACUCGGAGACGAAAGAAGCAGAGAAACAGUCUUCAACUACUUCCUCAACAACAUCAGAGUCCUUGACGUCGUGGAUUUCAUCAUCUGCAAUUCCUUCAAAGAGCUCGAAGAGCCGACCUUCUCCUACGCCCUAAAGAUUCUCCCCAUCGGGCCACUGCCCACCGGCCUCCGGCCGAGCCGGGCCGUGGGUUACUUCUGGCCGGAGGACGCAGCCUGCCUGUCGUGGCUCGACGAGCACCCGCCGGGUUCUGUCGUCUACGUGGCAGCUCUUCCUUUGCUGGCCAUACUUCGCAGACCAGUUUAUGAACCAGAGCUACAUUUGCGACCAUUGGAAGGUGGGUCUGAGCUUGACACCUGA